AUGGAUGAAGCAGAUCAGUCACCGCAAAAAGCGCAGCUAGUCAUAGACCCCGAUGUUCAGUCAAGAAUGGGCGCGCUUUCCGCACAAUCAUCAUUCAUGGAUCGCACAAACCACUCGGUCGACUUGAUGACGGACAGAGACACUAUCACGCCGUAUUCCAAUGCCGUGACUGCAUCACCACUUGACGCCAUGGAGGCUAAAGAUAACGACCGCGCAUCAUCAAACAACACGGAAACGCUCGAGACUAGUGGAGAUGCGGGCACAGAUAUCGAUGAAGGCAUUUGGCACGAACGCGCACCCUGGGCUGCAUCACCGUCACCCAGCCCUAAUCCCCUCGCUGGCCUUGCCGACCCACCUGAGGAAGCAGCGAAAAGCUCUUCCACGCCAACGUAUGCGGAAUCACUCCCGGCACCUCCGCGUCGUCUGUCUUCCCUCUUGAACAAGGCUAUAACCUACUUCGGCAGCUGCAUCGGCAACUACUUCACAUCUGCGCCCGGCGUGAUCGAGUAUACUGGUGCGGAUAUCCUACGAAACACUCAAAUUGGUAUUGAGGCGGAGGAGAUCACGUUCCCGAACAGACCUGCAGUGAUCAAAAUCGUAGCCAUCGUCACAGAUAGCUCUGGCGCAGACAGAGAGAAAGAUGAGAAAUACGAGGCAGUAGAAAGGCGUGUGGAGUUACGCGCAAAACCUAAGCGAGUGAAAGAAAUUUUGAGAGGGGAGAGAUGUUACAUUGCCGAAGAUUUUUAUAGGAAGGAAAUUCGGCUCGCGUUUAAAGCUUUAGGAAAGUUGUGA